AAUGCAGCAAUCACCUUUCGAAAAUAUAUUCAAUAUAAUAGGCGGAAUAACAGAGGGCAACGAAAAGCCUAUGAAACACGGUUUCUAUAAUGCCUUCGCACUGUUUAUUCUAACCAUUUGUUGUGCAGCAGUCUAUGUAUUGUUUCUUAUACUAGAGCCUUUCUUCAAACCGUUAUUUUGGGCUUUACUAGUUGGUUCUAUACUCCACCCGUUUAAGUACAAAUUAUCAAAAAAAAUCAAAACAUGGUUUGAAAAUUUAAACAAAUCUAACACUUCAGUGAUUGUUGGUUUAAUAGUUAUUCCUGUGAAUGUUGUAAACUCUGUGUCUGACACAGUUGGUCAUCAAUUCAGAGAGCACUAUAAAACUGUGAUUGGGUUACUGUCUGCAAUUUAUAUACUACCAUGGCUGUACAACUCUGUACCGAGAAGCUUUUCUUGCAUAUUUUGGCAGACCACCAGCUUCAUCAGUUUUUCAACCACAAUGCUCAUUAAUUUGUGUACUUCAUAUAUAACUCUCACAAUAGCCAUGGCAUAUUUCAUAAGUGUGUAUGUUAUGUGGACCCCACAAAGAGCAGGCGUCUUUAGAUUCACUGCUCAGCUUUUUUGGCUGAUCAUCACUUGUUUUAUUGCUAGUCUAACAGGCUCUAUCCAAGUGUAUACAUUUGUGUUUCUACAAAUUGUUUGCAUUGUUGGCUUUGCCCUGGAAAUAUUAGAUGUUCAUAAACGGAUGCUAGCCAAAGACCCAGAAGCUUCAAUGAUAGUUGCAAUACACAAUGUUAUCACUAAUGGAGACCAUAAAGAAACCACAGUGCCUGAAGAAAAGCCUAUAGAGGUGUCAGAGUCUACCAACGAACAAGAGUCAACCCCUGAGAAAGACUCUCCAACAACACCUGACAGCAUUACGAAAAGAGGGAGCUGGACUGGAAAUGAACCCAUACAAAGUUCACCAAGGCAUGCGAAAAUGUUGUACAAGACCAGAACACUUUCUGCUUUGCCAUUAUCAAGUACAAAGACAAAAACUGCUUUCGAAAAUCGCCUCAUUGCCUCGUUCAAGCAGCGAUCACUAGACGAAAACUACAUGAGAAACAACUUCGAUAAUGAUGAAGAAACAGCGUUGUAUUUCAAACUUUUGUUCUUUGGUUGCUUUUGUAUGCUUGUUUGGAAACAUAUUUGGUUAUUACCAGUGAUGCUGUUCUUUUUAUCUAUUCAUGUUCUGAAGAAAUUGUUAGACUAUUUUGGUGUUUGGUUGUUCUUUGAAAACCAUUACAAUAACAUCAUGAGCAGAAUUAAGAAGUGGUGGGGAGACAGGCAGUCCGCUUUAGUUCCGGCCCACAUUCGCGGCAUUGGCAAGAUUGCAUCAAUAUGCAACAGCAGGAUCAUUGAUAUUGCCUAUGACUCUGUAGACACCGUUUCCAGCUGCAUCGUCAUUCUGGGCCUUAUACUGUUCCUCACAGUGGCUAUUAUAUUUAUUUGUAUACAGAUUUACUCAGAAGCGAUUGUGGUGGUUCAGCUAAGCGGUAGUCUGUUAAAUAGUACUUUCGUACAAAAUAGUGAAUUGCAUGCAUACCUGCCUGAAGGUUGGGAAGAGAAACUGGACUCGCUCAUAGACAAUGCAUAUACUUAUGGACGAGAAGGCAUUUCCACUGGGGUGAAAAGCAUUCUCAAAGAAGGGGAUCCCGAGAAAGUGAGUCGUGUGGAACAACAGAUGCUGGAGAUAUGGGAUCGUGUGUACCAAAGCUGGGUGUCUGGACACUUUGCUUCUAGUACCGGACCUCAAGUCGAUGGCACCGCCGUACAGGACUCCUGGGAUAACUUUGUUAAUAAUGUUUCUAAUACACCAGGAAUAUUCGAUUUUUCGGGUAUAGUAGCUUGGGUGCAAGCUAAUGUGGGCACAUUGAGCGCUAUAGCAACGAGUGUGUGGGCUCCGCUAGCUAGCAACAUGUCGCUACUGGCUGGCUCCGUUGGCGCUUUCACAUCACUAUUGCUAUGCGGCGGUGGCGCCAUCAUCAACAUGUUUAUCAACCUGAUCGUAUUUUUCACUACUCUUUUUUACUUGCUGGCGUCGAGUAACGCCCUCUACAAACCAGUUGAAGUGAUAACUCAAAUACAACCCAACUUUGGACCGCGGCUCGGCAUAGCACUAUCGGUUGCUAUAAAUCAGGUAUUCAGAGCUUCGUUUAAAAUGGCCCUUUUUUAUGGUCUGUGGACUUGGUUGGUGCAUAACUUCUUUGGGGCGAAAGUUGUCUACCUACCGUCGGUUUUAGCUGCGGUGUUAGGGGCGGCUCCGUUCCUCGGUCCGUACCUGGCGGGUCUGCCGGCGGCCCUGGAUGUGUGGCUGCAGGGCCGGCCCAUGUCUGCCCUAUUGUUGCCCAUAGCGCAAGCAGCGCCCAUCGCCUUCCUCGAUGCCGCUGUCUAUGCUGAGAUCAAAGACGGUGGGCACCCAUACGUGACGGGGCUGGCUAUAGCGGGCGGAAUAUUCUAUCUAGGCCCUGAGGGUGCUAUAUUGGGGCCGCUGCUUUUGUGCUGCCUCAUGGUGGUACUCAAUCUCUCCUCCACCUUCCUGAGAGACACGCCUUCUGAAGAAAGAGCAGCCCUACACUCGCGCGUCAGGUAAACACACAAACAAAAACGAUAGACACCUGCAUUUCUCAACUAUUCGAAAUCGUGUUUUAAAUUUUUAUUUAUUUCGAGCAUAAAAACCAAUUUUGACAUCUGUUGAUACUUUAAAGAACAUUUAGAGUAUUGCAACUGAAUAUCAACACGAGAAACGUCUAUUAAGAGUCAUUUGAAGACAAUGUAUUUCACAAAAAGCAAAAGUUUGAAUAAUUGAACCAUUUCCAAUCAAUGUUUUCUAUAUUUCUCAAAACAGUUUGAUUUUCAGUAGACAGCACUGUAUUUUCUAUUAAUUACG